UACACCCUAAAUUUUUUGUUCAUUUAUUUGGGAAGUCUUUUCUCUUUCUUCUAUCGUCAUCCACCUCCUACAAUCGCCACUCUUCCCUCUCUCGGCAUUGCAAAUCAAUAUUUUUUUCUUCUCUCCCAUCUCAGUUCUCACCCACCGCCGUGUCAACUGGUUUUUGCCCGAUCAGACGCGUAUUCCGUGUCGGAAUCCGUGUCGACACGGGUACUGAACCCCAAAUUGCCGAGUCCGGGUAACGAAGCAUAUGAUUGUGUAUAUGGCCUGUCAAGUGGGAAGAAUCAAUUUGCAAGCAGGUUUAUCAAUAUCGGAGAAUGAUGUCUUUGCAAGUUCAUGUCUGACGCUUGCAACUUGUGCAAUCCAGAGGUGGAGCAAUGAGUAUAGUUUAAGUGGACAAUCCUCGAAGAUUGGUUUAAAGUCUUUAACGUUCCCCAGAAAGAGUUCAACAAAAAGACAUGGUUGGAAAAUAGCAUUGGCCUUAGACACUGGUGGGGUGCCUGGAAAUGGUGAAGAUAGUCUCAACAGUGACAGCUCUAAUCUUGGUGGUACUCGACUGGGCAGGAUAGUAAGUGCAGGUGGGAGGCAGCUAUUAGAGAAGUUGAACUCGGCAAGAAAGAACUUCCCCAUGAAGAUAUUUCUCCUCCUUUUGGGCUUCUAUACUGCAAAUGCUUUGGCAACUAUUCUUGGACAAACAGGUGAUUGGGAUGUAUUAGUUGCUGGGGUUGUUGUUGCUGCAAUCGAGGGGAUCGGUAUGCUUAUGUACAGAAAGUCCCCUUCUUUAAAAACUGGAAGAUUGCAGUCGAUUGUGGUAAUGGUUAACUAUUGGAAAGCCGGAGUGUGCUUAGGUCUUUUUGUUGAUGCUUUUAAAUUAGGUAGUUAACUUGAACUUCUGCUAUUGGGUUGGGGCUUCCUUUUGAAUGUAUUUUACAUCUCUUAUAAUAGCCCUGGCUCUAUCGAUAGAUUGUCAACUAGGUGAGGAAUGUAUGACAACCAUUGCCCAUGUAUUUUGCAAAUAAAAAUUCUCUGUUGGGUCAAGAA